AUGGGCUCAGUGUCUUGGCCUGACAAACCGCACUUGUGUGGCUUCUGGUGGACAGAGCCGCAGCACGGGAGAGUGAGUGGGAGACUGGGGAAAGCGGAGAGAGAGGCUGAGCCCCGAACCUCAAGGCCCUGUGCCAGCAGCGAGGGGGCCACAAGUCUGGAAACACCCGGCCCCCACGUACAGCAACCCGGGGAGGCUGCAACGCGCGGAGUGCCCGGUGCCUUUCCCGCCCCCCGACUCCUCCGCCCCCCGACUCCCCCACCCCCGGCCCCGGCCCCAACUCCCGCGUGCAACUUUGCAACUCACGCUCGGGCCAGGGGGCCUAUUUGCUCGGCCCGUUUGGCGGAAGGAUCCCACGCGCGGACAGUUACGCUCAACCGCCCCGCCUCCCUCCUCCCCGGCCCCGCCCCCUCCCGCGCCCCGGCCCCGCCCCCUCCCGCGCGCCCUAUGGCCCGUAAAGAAGUCCCGGCCGGGCCGCCGCACUCCCCGCGCGCAUCCAGCGUUCGCCGGGCGUCGGGGCGCUUCGCGCGGGUCUCGGGCGGCCCUCCCUGCGGCCCUGCGACGGGGCCCCGAAGGCGCCGCGAGCGGAGCCGCUCGGCCAAGGUCGCGCUCGCGACGGGUUUCGGGCGCGGGGCUGCCCGCAGCCCGCCGUCGCCCCGGGUCGCGGGGAAGGAGGGGGCCGGCGGGCCGGCGGAGGGCUGGCCUGAGGCCCGGGAGGUGCCCGGCCAGCGCGGGGCUCGGUUGCGGGGAGCCGCUCUCGGGGGCGCGGGCUGCACCGGGGCGCGGGGUGGCGGGGACGUGGCUGUGGGGGCCGCGCUGGGCUUCGUCUUGAGAGGGUCCAAGCCUGGUAAGAAUGUCCAGUUGCAAGAGAAUGAAAUCAGAGGACUGUGCUUAAAGUCUCGGGAGAUCUUUCUCAGUCAGCCUAUCCUGCUAGAACUUGAAGCACCACUGAAGAUAUGUGGUGAUAUCCAUGGGCAAUACUAUGAUUUGCUUCGGCUAUUUGAGUACGGUGGUUUCCCGCCAGAAAGCAACUACCUGUUUCUUGGGGACUAUGUGGACAGAGGAAAGCAGUCGUUGGAGACUAUCUGCCUCUUACUGGCCUACAAAAUCAAAUAUCCUGAGAAUUUUUUUCUUCUCAGAGGGAACCAUGAAUGUGCCAGCAUCAAUAGAAUUUACGGAUUUUAUGAUGAAUGUAAAAGAAGGUACAACAUUAAACUAUGGAAAACUUUCACAGACUGUUUUAACUGUUUACCGAUAGCAGCCAUCGUGGAUGAGAAAAUAUUCUGCUGUCAUGGAGGUUUAUCACCAGAUCUUCAAUCUAUGGAGCAGAUUCGGCGAAUAAUGCGACCAACUGAUGUGCCAGAUCAAGGUCUUCUUUGUGAUCUUUUGUGGUCUGACCCCGAUAAAGAUGUCUUAGGCUGGGGUGAAAAUGACAGAGGAGUGUCCUUCACAUUUGGUGCAGAAGUGGUUGCAAAAUUUCUCCAUAAGCAUGAUUUGGAUCUUAUAUGUAGAGCCCAUCAGGUGGUUGAAGAUGGAUAUGAAUUUUUUGCCAAGAGGCAGUUGGUCACUCUGUUUUCCGCCCCCAAUUAUUGUGGAGAGUUUGACAAUGCAGGUGCCAUGAUGAGUGUGGACGAAACACUAAUGUGUUCUUUUCAGAUUUUAAAGCCUGCAGAGAAAAAGAAGCCAAAUGCCACGAGACCUGUAACACCACCAAGGGUUACACCAGGCCUGAACCCGUCCAUUCAGAAAGCUUCAAAUUGUAGAAACAAUACUGUUCUAUAUGAGUGACUGAUUAUGCUUUCUUUGGCCUACAUUCUUUAUUCUGCGGUGAAGUUGAGGCUUAUAAGUCAAAACAAAGGAACUAACUUACUAUCCACCAAUUUAUACAGAACUCCACAGUAUCUAUCUAUCACUUUUUUAAACUAAGAUCUGUUAAAAAGAAAUCUGUUUCAACAGAUGAUUGUGUACAAUACCAUGUGGUGAAAAUGAAUUCAGACUUAAUAAAUGGCGAACUUGUUAAACCUUCUCAGUGUCUUGUUUGUCAGCACAAUACACACAGGAGAACUGUUGAUGGCAUAUUGAGUGGAUUCUCAUGAAUAAAUUGCUCUGGAAACCA